GUGAAGAUGGCGGCGUCAGGGAGGAGUACAUUAUUAUCCUCCAACAACAGUGGACUAAACAGCACAGCCGAACAACCCAACACUGAAGACGAAGAUGGACAGGAUUUAUGGUCUGCUAUUCUGAGCGAAGUAUCGACGCACUCCAGAUCUAAACUACCGUCCGGGAAAAAUGUGCUGGUCAUGGGGGAGGUGGGUUCGGGGAAGACCACCCUAGUUGCUAAACUACAGGGUGUGGAGGACUUCCUGAAGGGGCGUGGCCUGGAAUACCUCUACUUUAGUGUCCAUGAUGACGACAUUGAUGACCAAACCAGGUGUAAUGCCUGGGUGUUAGAUGGGGAUCUGUACCAUAAAGGUCUGCAGUCUGUUGCUGUGCAACGAGAGGCGCUUGGUGACUCGUUGCUAUUGGUUACUGUGGACCUGUCGCGGCCGUGGGUCGCCAUGGAAUCGCUUCAGAAGUGGGCGGCUGUCGCUAGGGAACAUAUCGACAAGCUCCGGGUUCCCCCGGAAACACUGAGGGAGCUGGAGAACAGAAUGGCCAGACAGUUCCAGGAGUAUGUGGAUCCUGGCUGGGAGGAGAGCGCCACCCAGAGGAGGAGUGAGGAGGAGGAGAACGUUCUGCUGCCGCUCGGCGACAACACACUCACACACAACCUGGGACUACCCAUGGUGGUGAUCUGCACUAAGUGCGAUGCCAUCAGUACGUUGGAGAAGGAGCAUGACUACAAAGACGAACACCUGGACUUCAUCCAGUCAUACAUCAGACGCUUCUGUCUACAGUACGGGGCGUCUCUGCUGUAUACGUCGGUUAAGGAAAUGAAGAAUGUGGAUGUUCUGUAUAAAUACCUGCUUCACAGACUCUACGGUUUCCCCUUCCACUACCCUGCUCAACUGGUGGAGAAAGACACAGUCUUCAUUCCGUCAGGGUGGGACAAUGAAAGUAAGAUUUCAAUCCUCCAUGAGAACUUCCAAACGCUGAAACCAGACGACAUCUUUGAGGAGGUCAUCGUCAAACCGCCUGUCAGAAAGUUUGUUCAUGAGAAGGAGAUUCAGGCUGAAGAUGACCAGGUGUUUCUGCUCAAGCUGCAGUCGCUGCUCUCCAAACAGCCUCCUGCAUCUGCCGGGCGACCAGGGGAAUCCAGCAGUAGUAGAGGUCCCAGUGGUUCUCCCAGGACCAGUAAUCGUUCAGCUGCAGCCAACGUAGCUAACACCAUGCCCAUGUCCCAAUCAGCAGGUCAGACCAGUGAGGGGGUGCUGGCUAACUUCUUCAACAGUCUUCUGACCAAGAAGGCCGGAGCAUCGCCGCCGGGCAACAGCACACCAGGGACUGUUCGCAAGUCAGGUUCUAAGCUGGGUCUGAGUGAUGUCCAGGCAGAGUUGGACAGGAUCAGCUGCAGAGAGAAUGAUGAGACCAACAACAGCAACACUAACAACCCUAACCCCAGUACUGAGACCAAUGAAGAACAGACAUGAAAAGACCACCUCCCUCUUCCUCCCCCCUACCUCACCCCCCAGACCAGACGUGAAGAGAACAAACCUCACUCUCCACACCCCAGGCAUACCACAGACCAGACAUGAAAAAUCCACCUCCCCUACCUUACCCACUUUUCACACCCCCAGGCCAUACAUGAAGAGACCAGACCUCACCCUCCUCCCAUUCUCACCUCUCCUGACCUCCCCUCCUCACCCCCCAGUGAGACCACCGCAUACCAGACAUGAAGACACGUCAGCCCUACCUCAUUCCCCAGACCAUACAUGAAGAGACCAGACCUCACCCCAACAGACCAGAACAGAUUAGACAUGAAGACCUUCAGGACGGAGAUGGAGAGAUAUGGGGAUGGAGAGAGAGGGAGGGAGGAGGAAGAAGAGAGAGAUGGAGCAAGAGGGAGAGAGCAAUGGACAGGUAUGGGGAGAGA